AUUUUUCUCCUCUUCAAAUCUAAAACCCUGAAUAGUCUCUGUACCUAAACCCCUAAAUCCUAAUGGCCUUACGAGCGGCGGCGACGACUACUCCGGCAGCAUCCCGAGGUCUACGGGCACUUUUCUCUACAUUUUCUUCCAACUUUCCUUUCAAUCCACCUCAGCCACAAGUAGAAAAGCCGCCGCCGGCUGAACCAUCCACCAAUCUCUUUGUUUCCGGUCUUAGCAAACGUACUACCUCAGAAGGACUUCGCGAAGCAUUUGCCAAACACGGUGAAGUGAUCAAUGCUAGAGUGGUGACAGAUCGGGUGUCUGGUUAUUCAAAGGGUUUUGGUUUUGUUAGAUAUGCAACUUUGGAAGAUGCUGCAGCUGGUAUAAAGGGCCUGGAUGGCCAGUUCCUUGAUGGAUGGGUCAUCUUUGCUGAGUAUGCGAGACCAAGACCUCCACCUCCUUCCUUGCAGAACGAUAACACAGCUGGUGGAUAUGGCAAUUAUAAUGGACCUUCGUAUGGCAGGAAUAACAUGUGAACUUAUAUCAGCUCGUCAUGAUUGGGAUAUCUUGCAUCUGCUCAAAGGAGAAUUCUUUAUGAACCAUGGUACUUCAAUGGUGUAAACUAAAUAAUACAUGUAUCUAUUGUUUGGAAGUUCAGUUACCUGGUGUUUGGUGAUAUAAAAUUGAUCAGACCCAAGUUGAUGUUCUUUCCAAUGGGACAUGUAUUAAUCGAUCUAUAAGUUCCAAAUGCUUAAGUUUAUUUGUUUGUAUUGGAGGCUUAGCUCUCGUAAGCAUGGCUUUGCUUGAACUUUUUGCUCUUCCCACUUCGCUAGAAUGCUAAAUUGUCUGUAUUUGUAUUGGAAUGAAAUGAGCCUGAACGGAAUGCAUAUAAUUAUAUAGUUGAUAGCUAAUUGGCGGAGUAAA